AUGUCCGGCUCCCAGGCGCCCAAUGUAAAUAAUAAUUUCAGUGAUGUGCUCUGGGACCCUGACUUCUCUGGCUCCGCCGGUGGUCUGGUCUGGUCUUCGGUCGCUGGCAGCGUGGUGAAGAUCCUGCUGAUAUCUCUCAUCGUGUGCGUGUCUCUAUUUGGCAACGUGGUAGUUCUACUGGUGUUCCAGAGGAAGCCUCAGCUCCUUCAUGUGGCCAACCGCUUUGUUCUCAACCUCCUCCUGGCAGACCUACUCCAGACCAUCCUAGUCAUGCCCUUUGCCAUCGCUGCCUCCGUGCCAGAUGUGUGGCCUCUCGAUGCCUGGCUGUGCCGGGCGCUGGUGGUGCUCAUGCACCUUUUUGCAUUCGCGGGGGUCAACACCAUCAUAGUCGUUUCUGUGGAUCGCUACCUGGCCAUCAUCCACCCUUUGUCCUAUCCCACCCGCAUGACCCCUCAUCUGGGCAUGAACCUCAUCAUCUGCACCUGGGUGCUCAGUCUUCUGCAGAGCACACCACCACUCUAUGGAUGGGGUGUGAUUAACUUUGAUCGCCACCAUGGCGUGUGCUCGGUGGUCUGGUCCUCUAGCCUGUCCUAUUCUGCUGUAGUCUCCAUUUCAUCUUUCUGGCUACCAGUGCUCAUCAUGCUGGGAUGCUACUGGAUGGUGUUCAGAGCAGCCCGGAGGCAGAACGCCCUGGUACAUCCCAUCCAGACCCACUCCCACUCCCAUUCCCAAACACACCAGCAGGACUUCCAGCCACACUGUCCUAGUAGCCCCCAGCGGCAGCCCACACAGGCCCAUUUAGCUGAUGUUGCUUUCUCAGCUGGGGGGUACCCUGUCAGAGUUCGGCAUAGACGCUUCCAUUACCAUUGCAAGGCGGCACGGGUAGUGUUUGUGAUUAUGGCCUCGUACAUCCUAAGCAUGGGACCGUACAGCGUGCUAAACACUGUAUCUAUGCGCUCAGGCGCAUCUGUGCCCCCUUGGUUGUCCUCCCUUGCCGUUGUACUGUUCUUCUUGCAGUGCUGCCUUCACCCCUACAUCUAUGGCUACAUGAACCGCAGUGUGAGAAAGGAGUUUCUGGCUUUGUUAUGUGUGCCAUUCUGCAAACAGGGCCGUCCCAUCCAGAGCUCUGCUGUGGAGAGUUGCUUCACUGCCACUGAUUGGCGCUCCGGCACACACCACAACCUACCCAGCCUGGCUGCACGUGUCUUCCCUUUGCAGACAUGGGAAGAGGGCACCACCUCCUCCUCCCCCACCAUGGAGAGGAAGUCGAGGGACAGCCGUAAAGAGACCACCUCAACCAGCCUCAGCUCUGACAAGGAGCUCACAGUCCACAGCAAGUGAAGCACAGAGCCUUGCCUUGGGGAGUCACUGAUAUGA